AAAUAAUCAUAUAAGACAGAGGUCUCAAGUUCGAAUCCAAUUGCGUGCGUUCUUUAUUUUUUUAAUCCUUUAAACCCUAUUAUCAUUUCAUUUUUCCGACAUCGCCCCAUUUCCCUUUCGACAACCAUUGCCUGCAAAUCGAGCCUACGACUGUUAACUUCCAAGGUUAGCGCUUGACCUCGACUUCCGGACCACUGCCAUUCGCCAUCGGCCUCUCACUUCUUCAUUUUUUCUUCAGUUUUCACGCUACUCGCUGGGUUUUCGUUAUUGGAUUAUAACUGUUGCAAAGAGGAUUUAUGUAAGGACAGGCUAGGUCCUUGAAAAAUUUGAGAUAUGGAUGGCAGAGAUCAAGAUCGGGAACGCACUUUUAGGGCUGAUUUCAGCAAGGAGGGAGUUACGAAACUCGCGGAACGAUUGACGGAUAGGUUGAAUGAAUAUAUGGGUGAUUUUGUGGACGAUACUCUCGUGGAAUAUGUCAUAGUUUUACUGGGAAAUGGCAGAAGCAAGGAGGAGGUCAAGGAGGACUUGGAUGUUUUUCUGGGUGAUAAUAGUGAUUCCUUUGUGGCAUGGCUUUGGGAUCAUCUUGCGUCUAACCUGAACCAUUAUAUAAGACCUCCUCAGUCUUGUCCAAAUGAAGUGGUAAAAGCUAGACCAGACACGGUUGAGCCUGCGAUCAAAGAUGAUUCCAACCAUUUAGUAUCAGAAUCUGGAAAAGGAAAGUCUAGUAAAGCACUUAGAAGCCAACACAAUAGGGAUUGGAAAGGAUUGAUAACAGAUGAUAAUCAACCUCCUCUUCCCAAUUACGUUUCCAAUCAUACACAGAACAAAAAGAAAACGUAUCCCAAUGCUUUACAUGGCAGGCAGUCUAUUUCUCCUGAACAUCUUGUGCAUAGAAAAAGAAAUCGUCCCAAUGAACACCCUCGACCAAAGAGAGAACUGUCCCAAGCAACAAUUGCUGCUCCCAGACGUCUGCUCCAAUUUGCUGUUAGAGAUGCAGUUGCAACUACAAGGCCUUCUAACUCUGUGUCUGAGCCAGUACCAAAGAGACUUCGCUCCAUGGUAUCUUCAUCAACUGGAAAUUUGAUUGAGGAAGAUAAUCAUAAGAGAACACAGUCGGUUUCCAGGGUAUUAAAUCCUGUGGCAACCGCCAUCAAAGCUGUUGCAGAGGCUUCCAGAGAUGUCAAGAGGGUAAGAACUGGAAAUGUUUUUGACCGACUGAGUUGCGGUGAUGUAAGUUCGGCUCAUGUAUCAGUAUUCAAGGAACCUGAUGCCCAAAAUGAUGAUUAUGAUGAUUAUGAUCAUAUUGAUGAGAAGAAACGUCAAAUAUAUCUUCAAGCAAGAGACAAUGGGAGGCAUUACAAUACAAUUGCACCCCUGAUGGAUAGCAACACAAGCCUAGAAUCUAAUUCUGUGUUUGAUAGUGAAAUAUAUGAUGGUGUCAAUGUUGCUGGCACUAGUGGGGUGGAUGUCUCUCAAAUUGGCACGUCAAAUGAUUCACUGAUGUUGCAUUAUAGUGUUGCCGAGAAUUCUAAUGAAAUAACACAUAAGUCACGAAAGAAUGAACAAGAACUGUCUGUUUCUGCUGCUAGUGCUAAGCGUAAGAUUGUGAAUAUCUCUAUGAAUGUAAAUACUUGGAACCCACCACAUCACCGAACAACAAGAAAGACACCAGAAGUUGAAUCUCCAAAAUUAAUGCAGGGGAUUGAGGCUGGAGCUAAUAACUCCAAUUCACAAGUAAUGAAGGAAAAUAGCAUCCCAACCACUAUUCUGGAAAAUGGAAAAACUGAUGCAGUUACCCAUAAAAAAAUACAGAAAACUGCGGCGUCAUCUUUUGCUGGGCAAUUUUCUACAGGUCAUUCAUCGGAAGAGGCUGAUUCACGUACAAUUUUUGUCAAUAAUGUUCAUUUUGCUGCUACCAAGGAUACUUUAUCUCGGCAUUUCAACAAGUUUGGAGAAGUUCUAAAGGUGAUAAUUUUAACUGAUGCUGCAACUGGCCAUCCUAAAGGGUCGGCUUAUGUGGAGUUUAUGAGAAAAGAGGCUGCAGAUAAUGCUUUGACGUUGGAUGGGACAUCUUUUAUGUCACGUAUUGUCAAGGUUGUGAAGAAAAGCUCUGUGCAGCCAGAUACCAAUUCCAUGAUGAUGUGGCCCCGUAUUACACGGAGUAUUCCUUUUGGCGUUCCUAGAUUUGUGCAAGCUUCUUUCCCAAGGGUCUUUCCUGGUGCAUAUAGGGCACGACCGCCUAUUAAACUAGGUGGCAGGAGUAUGCAGUGGAAACGGGAUGCUCAGCAAACUUUUACAGAGAGUGCAACCUCGGUUUCUGGAAACAUAGCUACUGCAAGUCGUGGCCACACCUAUAUCCGUACAGAUCCCAAGUCAGACGGGAAUCCUAGUGGGGUUUGACUAAAUUUUAUUCUUAAUUCUUGAUGGAGAUUUGUUGAGAAGACUGAUUCACAUGUUCAACAGAUCCAACAUGUUAGUUUUGGUGGCAUGGCAGCCAACAUUGAGGAUGAUUCUGAAGUGCAUAUUUUUAAAGGUUUUUGGUGGGGAGGAAAAAGGAAAAAAGUGGAUAAGUUUAAUAGUUUUUUUUUUUUUUUUUCUUUUGUUUGUCAAUAUUAAUUUUGAAGUUAAGCGUAAUUUUCUAAUAUUUUAUGUCACUGGAAGGGUUCUUGAUGUUUGGAGGUACUAGAUCCAUUUGUUGCUCAAGGGACGAUUAGUUUAUUGUUGGGGUUUACAUUCUGAGACAGAGGAUGAAAUUGGCUCUACUAGCCAUUUUAUAUUUUGGAUAAUAUCUUUUAACAGUGUUUUAGUAACAAGAAAAUAUCUCGCAAUGUAUAGUAUAUAUCAAGUCGUAUUUAAUCAUCUGCUUAGUUUCUGUUAGCAUAUAAAGUAACAUUUUAGACUAAAUUGAUGAUCUGUCUCUCCUAGAUUCCUAGUCAAAUACUCUCUGCUCAUCUUAUUUUGAUAUGUACUGUCAUUAUGAGUUUUCUUUGUAAUGUCGCUAUAUUUUUGUUUUUCCAAAUAAUCACAUUCAUUUUUUGUCUGUUAUUGCAAAUUUAUUCUCAAACUUCUUUCAUCUAAUCAAGGUAAUUUUUCAAUCCACUUAAUUUUUGCUUUUUUGUAUAAAUUUUUUUUUAUGAAAGUUCAUUGUAGUAAAGAAGACCAAGAAGCCGUAGACUCUCCAAGGGAUUGUCAUAUCUCUACAGGCAAACUUUCCUCUUUCGGAGCAAGAUGAAGAAGCAAUAACUUUCCUCUUUCAAGUACACAUAUUGUUCAGUCGAAAGAAGGUUGUAUUUGCAAUGCCCACAGACGCAGAUGCAUUCAACAUGUUACCCUUUGAUGAUUUUCCAUCCUUUACAAAAAACUUGAGAAAUAGAUUUGAUAGUUUGAACAAUUAACCUGAUAUCAUUGCUAUUGUAUCCAUUCAAAAAAAAACAAACAAAAAAUAAAAAGCGAAACAACAUCUCAGAUUAUCAAAAAUGAAGAUAGAAAUAGCUAUAAUGCAUACUUGUCUGAUUUUGGGUUAUCCAUAGUGUUCUACCAAGUCCAUGUCAUCAUAAUUCUAGGGUUUUCAAUAUCGAAAAAAAUGAAAAGAGAAAACUGAUGAUGAAGCUUGACUACUUGAUUGAAGAUCUAAAGAAAAAUAUGAUAAAUCCAAUUAAUUCAGCCUCGAGAAAUUUGAGAAUGACGAUGAUGAUGAAGAGGAAGAUUGGGAUGAGGAGAUUGAAAUUGAGUAGAAAAGAGAUGAAGAUGAAGAAGGUGAUAAUGGUCUGGAAAGUCAAAGAGUAAGAAGACCAAGGGAAAUGGCUUUUUGUGUUUUAUUGUUGUUUUUUUCUGAUUUUUUAAUAAAAUUAAACCAUCGAAUCAGAAUGUAACACUUGUCCUUUUAAUGAAAUAAUAUAAAGUAAUCGGGUACUCAGGUACUCAUGACUUAGUA